GCCGCAGGGCGGACGAGCCUGCGCCGCGCUGGGCGAGCGCGGAGCGGGGACUGCUGGGGAGUCGGAGGCAGCUGUGCGGGCGGACACAGAUCUCUCCCGGCGAGCACGGCUCGGACGCUGCCGGCAUCAUGGGCUGCUGCACCGGGCGCUGCUCGCUCAUCUGCCUCUGCGCGCUGCAGCUGCUCUCAGCAUUAGAGAGACAGAUCUUCGACUUUCUUGGCUUCCAGUGGGCACCUAUUCUGGGAAAUUUUCUACAUAUAAUUGUCGUCAUACUGGGUUUGUUUGGCACCAUUCAAUACAGACCUCGAUAUAUCGUGGUGUAUACAGUAUGGACUGCCCUUUGGGUCACCUGGAAUGUGUUCAUUAUCUGCUUUUAUUUGGAAGUAGGUGGACUCUCUAAGGAUACAGACCUAAUGACGUUCAACAUCUCUGUACACCGGUCGUGGUGGCGGGAACAUGGGCCUGGCUGUGUCCGGAGAGUGCUGCCCCCGUCGGCCCACGGCCUCAUGGACGAUUACACCUAUGUCUCUGUCACAGACUGCAUCAUAGACUUCCAGUACCUAGAGGUCAUCCACAGCGCUGUCCAAAUACUACUGUCUUUGGUUGGUUUCGUGUAUGCCUGCUAUGUGAUCAGCAUUUUCAUGGAAGAAGAAGAUACUUUUGAUUUCAUAGGUGGACUUGAUGCACACGCCUACUACCAGGAUCAUGUUGAGUUAAAGCCUGUGAACCUGUCUCCAUCGGGACCCCCUCUGUGUAUACCACACACUAAUGCCACCUUUCACAUGGGGAAGAGCAAUGGUGCUCUUAUCACUCAAAUACAGUUACAUGUGGUCGGUGGUGACUUUGAAGAAGAUACCUGCACAGUGGUUUAUGGUGCAGGCAGCAGUAAUAUCAAGGGAAUAGGGAUAAUAAGAGCAUACUUUGUUCUCAAGAAGAAAAAUGGCUUGCCUCAGAGUCAUGCAACCAAGAAGAGACAUGGAAUGCCAGAGGACAUAAUGAUCACCCUUAUGAGUAGAGGCUGUCCUGUGACGUUUGGAAUAUUUCGCUUAUUUAGCUGCAUCCUUGGUCUCCAUAACUACAUGUCAAAGCAGCACCACUGCCCACCUCGUCACCUUGUGACAACCAGUCGAAAUAAGUAA